AUGGCUAGGAGAGAGGGUCGUACCUCUCAAGGCGGAGAGUGUGGUGCCCUCUCAAUGGCUGGGAUAGGAGAGGAGGGUGCCUCUCUUGGCCAAGGCUGGGAGGAUAGGGAGGUGCCUCUCAUGGCCAAGGCUGUGAGGAGAGGGAGGUGCCUCUCAUGGCCAAGGCUGGGAGGAGUGGGAGGUGCCUCUCAUGGCUGGGAGAGGAGAGGGUGGUACUCUCAAUGGCCGGGAGGAGAGGAGAGAGGUGCCUCUCUUGGCUUGAGAAGCACCUCCUCCCAAGACCAAGCUAGAGACACCUCUAUAGUGCGUCUCUACCUACAAGUAGUAGCCUACUCCUAUUCAUCAUCAUCACCACCACCAUUCUUAGUCAUCACAAACCACCCAGCAUCUUCAUCCACCAUCCACAAUUCAGAGAGAGAGAGAGAGAGCACCCCACAACACAAAUAA